AUGCGCCAUUGCCUAUCACUGGGAGAGUUAGUCGACAUCGAUCAAAUAUUGAAUGGGAACCACGAAACAGUUGAGAACCGACAGAAGAACCAAUCAAAGAAGUCAAACAGUCAAUCAAACACAAGAACCAUUCGACGAACCGACCAACCAAUAAAAGAACCGAUCGACGACCCGACAAACCAACCAAAACAAGAACCGACCGACGACCCGACUAACCAACCAACACAAGAACCGACCGAAGACCAGUCCAACCGACCAACACAAGAACCGACCAAAGACCCGACCAACCGACCAACACAAGAACCCACCGACGACCCGACCAACCGACCAACACAGAACCAACAAAAGCACCCGACGCAGAAUUGA